AUCGUAUGCUUUAAUAGCCAUAAACUGGUCGUCAUGAAAGUGAAACUAAUUUAAGGACUUCAAAUAUUGUGCUGUCGUGUUUAUAUGCAAGAUUUUGCAGCAUUCUCAAAUAGAUUUUAAGAGAUGUAUUGCGCAUAGUUGCGUGUUGGAAGCAUACAACUAAUCCACUGCCCUAUGAUGUGUAAGGACAUUCAACGUCACGGGUUCCGUUCGUAGAAACAAGAGGAAAAUAUGGCAGGUCAAACAACUCGAGAAUUUAUAAGUGUUCUUAUUCCCAGGACAAGGGAUUCAAGAAUUUUACUCGUAAAUCUAGACGAAAAAGGAUUAUGGAUGCCAACAGCCCUUCGUUGUGAUGGAGAAACAUUUCAAACUGUUGCUAAUAAACUUGUAUUGGAGGUAACCGGUCAGGAUCUGGCACCAAGUAAAGGGGUCAUCAAGAUGAACUUUUACCACUUCAGCACUACUCCCACUGUUACACACAUUAUCUUCCUGUCCCAGAUGCUAGAGGACUGUGAGAUGUGUUCUGAUGACGCCACCUGGUGUAACGUGGAGGAGAUGGAACAGCAGAUUGAUUCAGAUCCAGGUCUUCUGGGACUGGAACCAAUUCAUCUGGCUAAGCACCUAAAUAACGCCUCCUUGACGAUGAAUGUGCUGAGUGAAAUUGGAGUGGACUACAUUGACACAGAUAAGGAUGACUCAUCUCAGCUUUCUGCUCAAGAAGCUGUGGUCAGGUCAGCCAAAAUGGGCCGGAAAGAACAAGAACUUCUGCAUUGUGAGUUUAUGGACUGGUGCUUGCCCUGUUCAAUGAUGAACAAAAGUGUGUUUAAGGAAUACAUUGUACACAAAGGGGCAAAGGAGGACCAAGUAGAAUGCCUGUUUAGGUCUUUUGACUUGCACAAGAAGAAAAUUUUACAUUUCAAAGAUGUACUGGUUGGCCUGGCAGCCCUGGAACCCUCCACACAACAUGGUGGUAUGCCAGCAGAAAUGAGAUGUCGAUAUAUUUUCAGGUUUUAUGAUCAGAAUUUGGAUGGCUAUCUUCAGUUUGAUGAAUUUAAAUGUAUGGUUAGAGACAUACGGAAAAUCAAAGGUUUAUCUCUGGACGAUGAAGCUGUAACUGAGGAUGCCCAGAAAAGUGCGAAAUUGUUUGGAAAUGAGACAAAGAACAGACUUCCCCUGGGAGAGUUUUUGACAGCAGUAGGGCAGCUAAAAUUCCGAGGGACUUCAGUAUUAUUCAGGUUACCUCAGUCGUGUGUGUCGGGACUGAAAGGAGGUGAAAAUCAUUUGAAUCACACAGACGAGACCAUGGAACCACCUUUAAAGAAAUGUCGCCCCAAACUUUUGGAUUCUGUCAAAUUAUCCCCACCUAGGAAAUUAAACACUACAGAUACUGAAAUGGAUGUGUUCAAGCACCCCGAGGGUCGUCCGCUAUCUGCUGGGAGAUUCAACAACCAGAUCCGAUAUGAGCUGGCAACACAUACUGUCAAAGUGCGACGGACAGGGGUGUUAUCAGAUGUUGUUAAACUAUGGGAUUUACAAGGUACCUCGGCCGUGACUGAAAGUGCUGCCUGCCAUCUGGAGGGAGACAUUUCACGAUUUCAGAGAAUGCCAUCAAUAGACUCAUUCAAUGCAAGAUCUCAUCCUAACGAAAUGUUGACGGGUCUUAGAUAUUUUGAGAGAGCUAUCAAGGGAGAUAAUGGCGGAGCAGCAAAGCCUGGCUUUGACUGGGGACAGGUAGAUACCAAUGCCCUGGCGAAAUGUCUGCUGACCUUGUGUCGAGAACUGAAAGAUUCUCUGUGUCAGGAGCCACGAUUGGUUAAGCUGAAAUCACCAGUGUACAUUCUUGGUGAUAUCCAUGGUAACUACAGAGAUUUGGUGUGUUUUGAGAAAGCUCUGUGGAGGAUGGGUCCGCUCUUGACCCCAGCCUCGUUCCUGUUUCUGGGAGACUAUGUAGACAGAGGGGAAUACGGUAUAGAGGUGAUAUCCUAUUUGUUUGCCCAGAAGAUGCUUGCCCAGAACAAAUUUUAUCUUUUAAGAGGAAACCAUGAAUUGAGAUCUGUGCAGGAGAUGUUUUCAUUUAAGAAUGAGUGUCUACAAAAAUUUGGCGAGUCUGUUGGACUACAAGUGUGGGAUGCUGUCAAUGAUUGUUUUGAUGCUAUGCCGAUAGCAGCUACAGUUGAUGAUAAGAUAUUCUGUGUUCAUGGUGGCAUACCUUGCUCAGAUUUUGACAUUGAGCACAUUAACAAAAUUCCAGUGCCUCUGAAGGAUCCAGAAAUAGAAAGCCCCCUGGCCUGGGAAAUUAUGUGGAGUGAUCCAGUCAGCAUGGAUGUGAUGACCCCAGAAAACAUUAAAGAUUUAAAGGAUCAUAAUGGAUUUAUUUACAACACUAGACGAGGAACAGCUUACUUUUUCAGCUGUGAGGCUUUGAUGUCAUUUUUGGAUAAAAAUGGUCUGUCUCACGUUAUUAGAGCACAUGAGGUGCAGGAAAACGGCUUCCAGGUACAACAGCAAGGCAAGCUGAUGACUGUAUUUUCUUCCUCCCAUUACUGUGGUGGAUCCAACGAGGCGGCGUGUGUCCUGGCUGACAAUUUUAAGUUAAGAAUGAUCCGAAUAGAUACCACCUGACACAGCAUCCCAUAAUUUCCCAGUGUGACUUACAAUCCCAGCAUUCAUUGUGCAUCAAGUCCAUGAUCUCGACGAAUGACAGGCAGCUGUUUAGAGAAGGCGAUCUUAUAAACUGGAACAAUUCAAUGUGACAGUGCGUUUUAUGUGUUCCUGUGUGACAUACAUGUAUAGCUCACAUUCCUAUUUGAUAUCUCUUUAAAGUGAUUGGUACUUAUAUUUUUAUCCAUUUUUACCUAAUUUGUACUUUGAUACUUCAAACAUUGUAUGCAGUAUUGUACAUAUAUUGUAGUGUGAAUGUGGCAUGUGUUAAACAGCAUUUAUUCAUAUGAAGGACAUGUAUCAAUAUUUGUUUUAUGUAUACUGAUCAAUACAUAUUUGCUGAUGUGUUAGAUUGCACUAAAUGAUUAAAUUGUGGUAAUAGA